AUGUUUGACCCCGUAUUUGAAGAAUUUGCUGGCAUGAUAGUGGACACCCUGUUCAAUGGUUUGAUCCAUGGCAGCAAAGGCGCUGCCAGAAUAAAGAAAGCUUUGAAAACUGCUUUAAAAUAUUCUGGUUUGUCAUCUGCAUGGAAAAAAUGCUGUAAGGGUUAUAAGUUUGUCCUUGGACAGUGCAUCCCUGAAGACUAUGAUGUCUGUGCCGAAGCUCCUUGUGAACAGCAGUGCACAGAUAACUUUGGGCGAGUCUUAUGCACUUGCUACCCCGGGUACCGCUAUGACCGGGAGAGGCACAGGAACAGAGAGAAGCCUUAUUGCCUGGAUAUCGACGAGUGUGCCACGAGCAACGGGACGCUGUGCUCUCAGAUCUGUGUCAACACCAUGGGCAGCUACAGGUGCGAGUGUCACGAAGGCUACACGCGGGAGGCGGACGGCAAGACGUGCACCAAAGGGGAUAAAGGUAUAUACACUACUGGGCUUCCUGAGAAAUCUGAAAAUGUGGCGAAAUCAGGGACAUGCUGUGCCUCUUGUAAGGAAUUUCAUCAAAUUAAGCAGACGGUUUUACAACUGAAGCAAAAGGUUGCUUUGCUACCAAAUAACGCUGCUGAUCUUAGCAAGCAAAUCACUGGUGAGAAAGUGCUUGCAUCUAACGCGUAUAUCCCUGGCCCCCCAGGCCAGCCUGGUCAACAAGGCCCUCCAGGGGCUCCGGGACCAAAAGGGAGUCAAGGAGUUCCUGGGUCACCUGGACCUCCCGGACAGCCAGGCCCUCGUGGAUCAAUGGGACCUAUGGGCCCAUCUCCAGACAUAUCACAUAUUAAGCAGGGCAGACGGGGCCCCGUGGGCCCACCGGGAGCCCCGGGGAGAGAUGGUAGCAAGGGGGAGCGAGGCGCACCAGGACCAAAGGGGAUACCUGGCCCACCAGGUUCAUUUGAUUUCCUAUUGCUGAUGAUGGCAGACAUCAGAAACGACAUCGCUGAGCUGCAAGAGAGAGUGUUUGGACACAGGACUCAUUCAUCAACAGAGGAGUUUCCAUUACCUCAGGAAUUUACAAACUAUCACGACACAGUAGAUUUUGGAUCUGGAGAAGACUACAAACCACGGGGAGCGCCCAGAGACUCCAGGAUACAGAAGGCAGCCCAUCCUUAG